CAGAGACACAACUGCUACGUGAUCUUCGGCAGGAAAUUGGGUUGAAGGCAAAACUGGUGCAUUUGCUUUCACUUCAUCAUCGGUUAACAACGUGACAUCUGCAGUACAAUGGAACACCUGGAGAGGAUAAAAAAUUUAAUUCAAGUCAUGGUUAUUAUUUUAAUCUGUGGAGGUGCUGCGGCUGACACAACAAGGAAAGUGAGUGUUUUGGUGGGCACGAAUGUGACUCUCAGCUGCCUGUUUGGCACACUGUCCAAGCAGGUGGAGUGGAGCACUCUCACCAUUGAGUGGAACGUGGUGGAUUAUAAACAUGCAGAGAAGAGGACUGUGUACACCUUCGAGGAUGGUAGACCACAUGUGAACAGAGGUGGCGCCGCAGUGGAUAAAGUGCGACUGCUGCAAAGCGAUGCAUCUCUGCUGCUUCAUAAUGUGACUGUGAGAGAUGAAGGGUUGUACACUUGCAGAGUCAUCACACCUGUGGUCUACACUGAGACCACUUCACUAGAAGUGCUGGCUCGACCUUCGGUGAUGCUCCCAGAAAAGGCAGCAGUGACAGAGGGGGAGGAGAAGACGCUCCAGUGUGACAUCACAGGUUUCUAUCCAGAGAAACUGGCCGUGACGUGGCACAUCCAAAAUGGCUCCGGCACUGUCCUUGCAGGUGUAAGCCACCUGUCCCACAUAUGCACCGAAAUGGCCAUUCUCAAUCCUGACGGCACCUACAGUAUUCGCAGUGGCAUCACAUUGCACUCCUUAGUGGCGAAGCACGGAGCCAUACGCAUCAUCUGCCAGGUGGAGCACCAGACCUACAGCCAGCCCUACAACAGGUCUGCCACACUAACCGUUCAAGCUCCGUCACAGCCUCCUUACAGUGCUGCCACACUGAUAGCUGUCACCAGUGUCAUCAGUUUGCUGCUGGUCACCUCUCUUAUUGGAGGAGCUUUGCUCCUCUACAGGUAUUUGUGUAAAGCUCCACCAAGUGUCUCUGAAAUCUACCAACCCAGCAUCAUAUAUGCUCAGAUGCCUUCCAACCUCCAGUGCACCAUCCAAGGCAUGAGACAGCAGGAGCUCGUGGUGAAAUGGUUCAGAUCAAGAGGCGGCGCAGACCCGACGUUCCAGUCAGAAUCUGUUUCUCUGUUGGACCGUGAGGAUCUGAGUGAACAUGCCUCUCUCCAGUCAGAUGGCAGAAACCACACAUCUGUCCUGACUGUGUGUCUGACUGUCGCUGAAGACCUGACCAAAUAUCAGUGUGUGGUGCGCUGCAGGGGCAAGAGCUUCAGCAGAGAGACUACAGUCCGGGUAAAAGUGGAGCCAUCUUUCCUCCAGAUCUCCAGCAUCCCUCAGAUCCCCGAGGUGGAGAGGCUGCUGGUUCUCUGCUGUCGGGUGGAGAACUUCUACCCCCAGGACAUGCACAUGGAGUGGUUCAGGAAUGACGGCGAACAGGUCCGCACUGUCACACGCUUUGGACCUUUCUCUGAUCACAGCCGCCUCCACAGCAUGUGGAGUAAGAUCCAGCUGGUGGUGGCCAGAGAGGACGAGAGAGUCUUGUACACCUGUCGCGUUUACCACUCCAGCCUCUCAGCUCCAGGCUACAGAGAUGUGAUGUACCACAUCAAUACACAAGGAACUCCUCCUAAUGUGAUGUUUAUUGGCUGUGAGCCGCUGUGCCCUCUGCUCAAUGAAGAGUGUACACUUCACCUGUGCAUCAAAGACUUCUGCCCUGAGGAUGUGUCAGUGACUUGGACUAAAGAUGGAGAGACAGUUCACUCCGGCGUCUUCAACACUCCGCCCAGCCUCAACAUCAACGGCCUCUACUCCAUGUUAAGUUUUCUCAAACUGACUCCCAACAAGGACGACUGGGGCUCCACGUUCAGGUGCAGAGUGGUCCACAGUGCCCAGAGGGAGCCUGAGGACAGGAUGUUCACGCUGCCAGAACUGCGCCUGACAGACGGCUGCUGACGUCCUCACUGGGUAAAUUGUUGCAUUUCAGCCUACACAAUCUGGUUUGUGUAGAUAAACCAGGGUGAGGGACUGAGGAUCUGAUGGACCCGAUGCAGUGGCUCUGGGUCAGUACUUUUAAAUGAACUGUUUCCUGAGCACAAAGCGCCGAAAGCUGACAAGGUCGCCUCUUAGCUUGUUCACUUGUUUAGAUGAAUUUUUAUUGUAUUUUAUAUCCUGGUAGUUUGAUCACUUUUCUUAAAGACAAAAAUAUUAUUCUUCAAAGUAUAUAUAUAUAUAAUAAUAUAUAUAAUAUCUCAGUAACACUUUACAAGGAACACAAUAUUUUGAGAAGUUAACAGGGAACAAAUGCAGUAUGAAUGAAGAACUAACUGCUAGUUAACCUCUAGUUACUGAUAAAUGCUUAAUUAAAUUCAAGAGUAGCUGCUGACUAGUUAGGAAAUGAAUGAGGAUGAAUUCAUUAGGAUGAGGAUGAAUUCAUUAGGAAAUGAAUGAGGAUCAAUUGAGGAACGACUUGAUACCGUAACUGAUAAACUGUUAAUCAGUGCUUCCCAAAUAAUUGUUCACGAAUAUUUUAGACAGAUCGUAUCUUUCGAUUACUUUCUUAACCAUUUUGUCGAUCACUGUUGGUUGUGGUUGCUGAUCACUGUUCAAUAUCUGAAUACUUGAGAAAGCAGCAUCAUCCAUUUUGAUCACCAAGUUUAGCUGAAUCGAUCCAUGGGUCAUUUUAAGAGCUACUUAUUUCAAUUAUGUAUGAAAGCUACAAGAAGUCAGGCGGACAGAAGCGCAACACUAGAUGACUGCUAGUGUUGCUCUGUGGUGCUGCUGGAUGUGUAAAUAGGCAACUCUUUGCUAAAAUGUUUGUCAUAUUAACUUGAGAUAAUAUUCCAUUGUUUUACUUUCCCCAAGUGGCUUAUUUGAACUGUUUCAAGAAUGGAUUUGGACCAUUGACAGGGAACAUUAAUCACACCUACAUGGCAUUGUACACUAUAAACUGUUUGCAAUGCUUUUUGCUUUGUUUAGAUUUGCAGAAAUGAUUCUACAUUUAAGUAAAAUUCAUGUAGUUGAAACUACAUCUUGGCACCUUCAUAAAUCCAGGAGGGAAUCAGAGACAGCUGAUAAAAUCACGACAAAAGUUCAGAUAAGUCUUCUGCCUUUAUUCUUUUACAGUAUUUGCACAGUUGCUUUAAGUCACAACAGAGUUUCAGUGUGCAGCCUUGCAAAAAGCCAGACUUUCUUGCUAAAUCGUCACAUUUACAGGUAAGUCACAAAAUGUGUCAAAACAAUGAUCAUUUAACAAUUUUCAAAAUACAGACAUCUCACGUCAGCAAUGCUCAAAAUACUUUCUUUCUUUCUUUUUUUUUUAAGCUUAUGUUUUGUAAACUGUGGUUUGAUGUAUUUUCCUAAUGACAGUAUCUGGACUAGUUUGUGUGAUGCUCCAAAUCUUUUUUUUUUUUAAUCCCUGCUGUCUGUACAAUUUUACUGUUAGGAAACAACCACUUCAUGUUAUUUUGAUUAGAACCAGUUAUUGCUUGACAGGGUUUUGCACAUUGAAUCUCUUUUCCGAAAACUGAGUCAAAGCAAA